UUCAAGUGUUGAACUGCCCUGCCACAAGCACGCCUACAUUAUGGCCACUCCCGUAUGUAGUCUCUCCAAUUUAGUAGUGAUUGCAGCACUCAUACUGCUUCCCACUUGUUUGAGCUUGUCGUCAUCAACGACCAGCAGCAAGGAAUCCACAAUGGACCGUGAGGCCCUGCUUUGUCUCAAGUCCAACCUCUCGGAUCCCAGAGGCGCCCUUGCCACAUGGAGCAAGAAUGCUUCACUAGAUUUCUGCCAGUGGCAUGGCGUCUCGUGCAGCAAACGGCAUGCGCAGCGCCGUGUCGUCGCGCUGGAUCUCGAGGGAGAAGGUCUUGCUGGCCAACUGCCACCAUGCAUCUCCAACCUGACUUCUCUUGCGAGAAUUCACCUGGCCAACAACAGGCUCACCGGGGGUAUCCCGCCGGAACUUGGCCUGCUUGCUAGACUCCGCUACCUUGACCUCAGCCACAACGCCCUCGGCGGCAAGAUACCGGCCAACCUCUCAUCUUGCUCCGGGCUUGAGGUAGUCGCGCUUGGGAGCAACUCCCUCGAAGGUGAGAUUCCACCAUACCUUGGUUCUUCACUUCCCAGCCUUCGCACUCUCUCCCUUUGGAACAACAGCCUCUCUGGAGCCGCCCCAGCAUCCAUUUUCAGCAGCCCAUCAAUCGAAAAGAUUGAUCUUUCCAUGAACCUGUUGUCAGGACCGAUUCCUAUUCUCUCUGCCAACUCAUCUUCAGUUCUUAGGCUUAUUAAUCUUAUCUUGAACAGCUUCUCAGGGGAGAUACCAUCCACCAUAGGGAACUUGACUUCCCUAACCAAUCUCGUGCUCGCCGGUAACCAAUUGCAAGGAACAAUCCCGAGGACUCUAGUGAGAGCCUCAGGCUUGGAAUUUCUUGAUCUGACAUACAAUAAUCUUUCCGGGAUUGUGCCCAUCUUUGUCUACAACUUCACCUUGCUCCAGUACCUUGGCCUAGGAAACAAUGCUUUUGUUGGAAGAUUACCUUCUGACAUGGGCAAGACGCUCCCAAACCUCCAGAUGUUGGCCAUGGCCAUGAAUCAUCUCGAGGGCCCGAUCCCUCUGUCGCUAGGCAACGCCUCUAACCUCGAGGCAAUCUAUCUUUCUACAAACAAUUUCAGUGGGGUCAUCCCGUCUUUUGGAUCCCUGGCAAAAUUAGACACAGUACUGAUGUACAGUAACCGCUUGGCAGCAGGAGAUUGGGGGUUCCUCUCCUCGUUAACCAACUGCUCACAGUUACGGUGGGUAAGUUUGUCUGAGAACAACUUACGUGGACAGCUGCCUGCAUCUCUUUCUAAUCUUUCCAAAACACUGGAGAUCCUUGAUCUAGGGUCCAAUCACAUAAGUGGAACUAUUCCGGAUGAGAUUGAUAACCUUCUCAACCUCACCAUGCUUUAUCUCAAUGAUAACCUGUUAACUGGGAAAAUACCUUCUACUCUUGGUCACCUAUCCAAUUUGAGUGAGCUCGUUCUAUCAGGAAAUCAUUUGUAUGGAGAGAUUCCUUCGUCAUUAGGUAAUCUUGAUAGACUGAACAAGCUUAAUUUACAGGAAAAUGACCUGACAGGAACCAUACCAGUAGAUUUGUCCCGGUGCACAAAUUUGCUAGCACUAAACCUCUCUUGCAAUUCGCUUCAUGGAAACGUGCCUACAGAACUCUUCAGUGGUCUACGUCAAUUGAGUUUGUACCUUGAUUUGUCAUACAACCAACUCAACAGCAGCCUGCCAUUUGAAAUUGGUGGACUGAUCAAUCUUAUUUCUUUGAACAUAUCUCACAACAAUUUCAUCGAUCAAAUCCCAUCCACCAUGGGUAGUUGUCUCCUCCUGCAGUCCGUCCACAUGGAAGGGAACCAACUAGAAGGAAGCAUCCCACAAUCCUUGAUGAACUUGAAAGGCAUCAUGGAGUUGGAUUUCUCUCAGAACAAACUGUCCGGGGAAAUACCACACUUCUUUGAGAAUUUCACGACAUUAGAAUAUCUAAAUCUAUCAUUCAACAACCUCAAUGGACCAGUUCCUACGGCCGGAGUCUUCGCUAACGCAAGUGAAGCAUUUAUCCAGGGCAAUCCACAGCUGUGCACGGAUGAGCCGAUGCUACAACUACCUUUAUGCUCUGCUUCCGAGCAUAAGAGAAGGCAUCCCUUGCUUAAACCAUUGGUAGCAGUUGUAGCCUUGGUUGCUGCACUCUUGGUUGUCUUUGUGGUCAUCAUUAUCUCGAGGAAAAGACAGAAAAUCACAAGCACCCUGAAACUUAAUCGUUCCCGCAAGGAACUGACGGUGUUAUCAUACAGUGACCUGAGAAAAGCAACAAAUGGUUUCUCUGUCUCCAAUUUGGUAGGCAGUGGGCAAUUUGGUGAAGUCUACAAAGGUGUGCUGCAUACAGAAGCUGAUCCAGUUGCAAUCAAAGUUUUCAAACUUGGUGAAUAUGGAGCCUCUGAUAGCUUCAUCUCUGAGUGUGACGCUUUAAGGUACAUACGCCACCGAAACCUUGUGAAAGUGAUCACAGCGUGCUCCACAUAUGAUCCGGUGGGGAAUGAAUUCAAAGCUCUUGUCCUUGAGUUCAUGGCGAAUGGUACCCUUGAAAGUCGGUUUCAUGACAACUUUCACCGUUAUGCUGAUUUGACCCUGGCUGCAAGGAUAUGCAUAGCAGUGGACAUAGCUUCUGCUUUAGAUUAUCUCCAUAAUCAGUGUGCCCAACCAUUGGUCCACUGUGACCUGAAGCCAAGCAAUAUUCUUUUUGACGACAAUAACAGCGCCCAUGUUUGUGACUUCGGUCUGGCAAGGUUUCUCCCUGGCUGCUAUUCUUCUGCAGGGCAUAACAUGCCCACGAGCUUUGUUGGACCCAGAGGAUCUGCGGGAUACAUUGCACCUGAGUAUGCCACAGGCAGCAGAAUUUCUACCGGUGGUGAUAUUUAUAGCUUUGGUAUUAUUAUUCUGGAAUUGCUCACAAGGAAGCGCCCUACUCAUGGACUGUUCAAAGAUGGUCUAACACUUCACAAGUAUGUGGAUGAAUCAUAUCCACAUUAUACUGAAGUAGUAGACCCCGACAUUCUGGCACAUUUCGAGUCUGAGCAACCCAACCAUGCCUCGAAAGUACAAGAACAGCCUGCGAUUGCACAGGUGCAAAGAUGCAUCGUUAAGCUUCUCAAAAUUGGCCUUAUGUGCUCUAGCGACUCUCCAAGAGAUCGGCCAAAUGCACACGACGUUCAUAACAACCUAAUCGCAGUAAGGGAUGAGCUCAACUCAUAAAACAAAUAAGUGCAGCAUUGGCGAACCAGGUGUCUACCAACAAGACAAGCUUUCAUUGUACUAUUUUGUAAUUAAGUACUAAUAUUAUUCAUAAAUAAACAGUGUAAGAGCUGAAUCGAUCAGCCCCUUUCUGGUA